GGUGGGAGGGAGUCAGAGGGUGGGACUGAGUGAGACAGAGGAGAGAGCUUCAAGUCAGUGGCUUAAACCGCGAACCGUCGAUCUGGCGGAGUGAGUGGAAGCCUUCAGCUGCGUCACUCUCAGGGCUCACAAACUCUCUCUCUCAGUGUGUCUCCCAUCAGAGCUGUCACCAUGAAGCUGUGGGCACUGCUGCUGCUGCUUGGUCUGGCAGGGUCAGCCCUGGCCGUCCCCGCGAUGGAUGAGUACGAAGCAGACGUCCGGACCGGCGAUGACGACGCCUGGAACCCGCCCGGAGUGCAGGAGUACGACGGAGACGUGGAGAUCCAGGAGGAGACCGCGGGAGAGGAGACUGGGGGGGAGGAGGAGGCGCAGGAAGAGGUCCAGGAUGAGACCGGAGAGGAAGAGAUGCAGGAAGAGACUCAGGGUGACGCGGUGGUGGUGGAGGAAACUCCAGUGGUAGAGGAGGAGGUGGUGAUUGAGGAGUCGGAAGAGGAGGAGGAAGAGACCCCCCUCAUCAACCCGUGCCUGGGGUUCGCCUGCAAGCCGGGCCGUGUGUGCGAGGUGGACGUGGAGUCGCGUCCUGUCUGCAUCUGCCAGAGCGCCGACACCUGCGAGUCAAGCAGCAGUGUUGACACCAUGCUGUGUGGCACGGACAACCACACAUAUCCGUCGCGCUGCCAUCUGGAUGCCCACCGCUGCGCCCUCGAUGGCACCAAGAAGGGGCGGCACCUGCACCUCGACUACAUCGGGCCCUGCAAGGAGAUCACGCCGUGCCUGGACGUGGAGCUGACCGAGUUUCCCCUGCGGAUGCGCGACUGGCUCAAGAACGUCGUCGUGCAGAUGUACGAGAGGGAUGAGGAGCGCGGAGAGCUGCUCACCGACAAGCAGAGGCGCAAGUUGCGGAAGAUCGUGAGCGACGAGCGGCGCCUGCGGCAGGGUGACCACACGCGCGAGCUGCUGCAACGUGACUUCGUCAAGAACUACCGCAUGUACAUCUACCCGGUGCACUGGCAGUUCGCCCAGCUCGACUCACGCCCGGCCGACAGGUACCUGUCCCACUCGGAGCUGUCCCCGCUGCGGGCCCCGCUGGUGCCCAUGGAGCACUGCACCACGCGCUUCUUCCUGCGUUGCGACGCCGACGGAGACCGCCUCAUCUCCCUGCCCGAGUGGGGCGCCUGCUUCGGCCUCCUGCCCGACGACGUGGACGAGGCUCUGCUCUUCUAAGCACCUCCACCCUCCCUUCCGCCCCCUGCCCCGCAACAACAACAACACGUGCAGCAACCCCACCACAUACCUUCACCUCGUCAUGCACAAUGACAGCCCAUCAGCUACAAGGUUUCUGUAAUGAUGCCGAUUAUUAAUUUGUAGCGAUGGUGAUCAUGUCGGGGUGAAUGACGACGACAAUGAUGAAAUAAUGGGUGGUGAUGAAUGAACGUUGCUGGUCAAGUUGCCGAUGAUGGUGCCUGUGAUGAUGCCGUCGGCGAUGAUGGCGACGGUGAUAUUUCUAUGGUGAUCUUGUCAGCGUUGGCGAUAGUUACGCCGCCGCUACGCUGACCGGUAAUGGUGCUGGUAUAUCACGAGGAUGCAUUCACGGUAGUAACAUGGUGGCGAGGACAUUGCUUGAUUUCAAGGUGGCCGAUGGUGACGAUGGCAUCACGGUGGUGACGUUGAUGUCAUCGGUGGUGACGACGGUGAUGAUAUGAACACGAUCACAGCUCCGCCUAAAGAUGCCUCCCCCCUUCCUGCCUUCAAGGUCACCGCAGUCCCAGCAACCCCCCUCCGUAAACAUGGAACGCUGCUGGCUCAACGAAGGGACCAGCCACGUGCCCCAACGUUUCGGGGGGGCAACGUCGGGGCACGUGUUUGCGCACCGGCUUAUAGCGCGUGGUCCCCUCGCCACCACCGCCACGAUUUAAAACCAAUUAACUCCUCGCGGCCUCCGUUGGCCACACGAUAGGGCGGCUCUAAGGUUUUGUUUUUUUAUAUAUACACACAUAGCGGUUGACGUUAGAGCGGCGGGGGGGGAACCACACCAGGGAAUGUGGCGCGCGGGUCUGCACCCCCUGGGGCCACUGCGAGCCUCGCCGCCUUUUCUCUUUCAACUGCCGUGAAAGCAAAGGGGGAGGGGGGGGAGGAGGCUGUCUCCCUCUCACGGUUGUGCUACGGCUUCCCUGAUUCAAUCGAUAGAUCGGUCGGUCGGUCGCGGACCGAGGGCCUCUCGCGUAAACAGCGAACGCGCCGGGGGCAUGGGGGGGGGGGGUUUGAGGCGCCGUGUUGCGAUGGAGACACGCGGGGAACCCGGCCGGCCUACCACGGAGACCACUCGCACUGGUAGUGCAACACUGUAGAGGUGUACCACUCUGGUAGUGCAACACUGUAGAGGUGUACCACUCUGUUCAACACUGAUGAGGUGUACCACUCUGGUAGUGCAACACUAUAGAUGUGUACCACUCUGUUCAACACUGAUGAGGUGUACCACUCUGGUAGUGCAACACUGUAGAGGUGUACCACUCUGUUCAACACUGAUGAGGUGUACCACUCUGGUAGUGCAACACUGUAGAGGUGUACCACUCUGUUCACCACUGAUGAGGUGUACCACUCUGGUAGUGCAACACUGUAGAGGUGUACCACUCUGUUCAACACUGUAGAGGUGUACCACUCUGUUUGUUCAACACUAUAGAGGUGUGUCACUCUUGAUUGUUCAACACUGUAGAGGUGUACCACUCUGUUCACCACUGAUGAGGUGUACCACUCUGUUCACCACUGAUGAGGUGUACCACUCUGGUAGUGCAACACUAUAGAUGUGUACCACUCUGAUUGUUCAACACUGUAGAGGUGUACCACUCUGUUCAACACUGUAGAGGUGUACCACUCUCGAUGUUCAACACUGUAGAUGUGUACCACUCUGUUCAACACUGUAGAGGUGUGCCACUCUGUUCAACACUGUAGAGGUGUACCACUCUGGAUGUUCAACACUGUAGAGGUGUACCACUCUGGAUGUUCAACACUGUAGAGGUGUGCCACUCUGUUCAACACUGUAGAGGUGUAGCACUCUGGAUGUUCAACACUGUAGAGGUGUACCACUCUGGAUGUUCAACACUGUAGAGGUGUACCACUCUGUUCAACACUAUAGAGGUGUACCACUCUGGUUAUGUAACACUAUAGAGGUGUACCUCACUGUGGUUAUGUAACACUAUAGAGGUGUACCUCGUUGUGGUUAUGUAACACUAUAGAGGUGUGCCUCACUGUGGUUAUGUAACACUAUAGAGGUGUACCUCACUGUGGUUAUGUAACACUAUAGAGGUGUACCUCACUGUGGUUAUGUAACACUAUAGAGGUGUCCCUCGCUGUGGUUAUGUAACACUAUAGAGGUGUGCCUCACUGUGGUUAUGUAACACUAUAGAGGUGUACCUUACUGUGGUUAUGUAACACUAUAGAGGUGUACCUCACUGUGGUUAUGUAACACUAUAGAGGUGUGCCUCACUGUGGUUAUGUAACACUAUAGAGGUGUACCUCACUGUGGUUAUGUAACACUAUAGAGGUGUACCUCACUGUGGUUAUGUAACACUAUAGAGGUGUACCUCACUGUGGUUAUGUAACACUAUAGAGGUGUCCCUCACUGUGGUUAUGUAACACUAUAGAGGUGUGCCUCACUGUGGUUAUGUAACACUAUAGAGGCGUACCUCACUGUGGUUAUGUAACACUGUAGAGGAGUACCUCACUGUAACACUAGCGGUGUGCUUGCAUUCAUAGCCCUACACUCGAUAACCUCGUCCAUCCUAUCCCCUGCAGGUGCUUUUCUUAUACUAACCUGUAACACGUGUUAAUGGAGAUAACUGUAACCACUGCAUGAUGAAUAAAUCUUAGUAAGUAUG